AUGCAACUCUUCCAAUCACUUCCUAAAGAGUCUUUCCAACAAGAAACGUUGAACUAUCUCCAUUCGGUUCCGAUUCGAAAACACAUUACAGCAGCAACAACCGAUGAUUGCAUUGUCGUCUAUCAAGCGUAUAACGCGGAAAUUGCACAACAUGCAGUGAAACAUCAGACGUUUGAAAAUUGUUCGAAAUUUAGCAUGAAACGAAUGACUUGGAUCAAGACCAAUUAUUUGUGGAUGAUGUAUCGAAGUGAGUAUGCGACCAGUAAAAAUCAAGAGCGAAUUUUGGCAUUAUUUAUUGAUAGGGAUUAUUUUGAAAAUUCCAUAUUAGGAAAUGGAAUUUGUAGUUAUUUCUACCAUGGAUUAGAUAAAGUCUACGGAAGCGAAGAAGAAUGGAAGAAAUUGAUGGAUGAGCAAAAAAACGCCAAAACCUGCGUUCGAGUGCAAUGGGAUCCCUAUCAUGAUCCAGCUGGAAAUAAGUUGGGAGAAGUGAGAGCCAUUCAGAUUGGAUUGAAGGGUGACAUUGUAAAAGAAAUGCUCUCUCAAAAGAAAGUUAAAAAGAUUGAAGAUAUUACCACCUAUGUUCGGGAAGAGCAUGAACAUUGGAAGCAAACGGGAGAUAUUACUAUUCCAGUGGAGAGAUUAAUUGAGAUUGAGAAUGAGGAAAUUAAAAGUAAAUUGGCAAUUAUGAAUUGA